CAGGUGGUUCUCCAGGUUUUAAUUCUUUUUUUUUAUUUCCCCCAAUUUAUUUGAUAGAUUUUUAAAAGCAAUGGAUUUGGAACUUUUACCCUAGAACUUUGGGGUUUUAUGUAGUUUCGAUUGAAGAAAACCAAGAAACAAGAGAAAUCCACGUUUGGAAACGUGUUAGAACAAUGGAAUCGAGCGAUUUAGAGAAUAGGGUUUUUGUUAAUUGUCAUGCCUCACUUUGAAACACCCAUGAGCAAUGUUUGUUAAGGGCUCAUGAUUUGAUUGGGUUAUGUUGUUCUUCGUUGUUUAGAAUCUUUGUUGUAAAUGGGAAAUGUUGAAGUACCAAAGUGGCUUAAAAGGUUGCCAUUGGCACCUGAACUUCGGCCGACUGAUACAGAGUUUGCUGACCCCAUUGCAUAUAUAUCAAAGAUUGAGAAAGAAGUUAGUUCUUAUGGUAUAUGUAAGAUUAUCCCGCCAUUUCCAAAACCAUCGAAAAAGUAUGUUUUUAACAAUUUGAAUAGGUCGCUGUCCAAAUGUCCGGAAUUAGGAAGUGAUGUGAAUGUUGAUUCUGUUUCGAGUUUUGGGGAUAUUGGUGGUGAUGAAGCGGAAAGAAGGGCGGUGUUUACGACUCGACAUCAGGAGCUGGGAGAGAGUGGGAAGAGAAUGAAAGGGGUGGCUAAUAGUCCACUAUGUGGUGCUCAGAAGCAAGUGGGGCAAAGUGGGGCGAUUUAUACAGUAGAGCAGUUUGAAUCCAAGUCUAAGACAUUGGCAAAUAGUUUAUUGGGUGUGCUUAAGGAGGUAUCACCAUUGCAUAUUGAGGCAUUAUAUUGGAAGUUGGCUUCAGAGAAGUCUAUAUAUGUGGAAUAUGCUAAUGAUGUCCCUGGAUCAGGUUUUGGGGAACCGGACGAUCAAUUUCAGUAUUUUCAUAGGAGGAGGAGGAAUAGGAUGUCAUACAGGAGGAAAAACUCAGAAUUUAAGAAAGAUGAGAUUGAUACUGUAAAUAAUUCACAGAGGGAUGAGAUUAAAGAUACUUCCGUUAAAUGUAACCUAGAUAAACAUGUAGAAACACCCAAGUCAUCAACUACAUUGUCAACCAUGGCAUCAGAUGGAAGUUCUCAUUCUAAAAGAAAGAAUGGAAAUGCUGGAAAUGAUAUGGAAGGUACCGCUGGUUGGAAGCUAUCAAAUAGUCCUUGGAAUCUUCAAGUGAUUGCUCUCUCCGCUGACUCACUUACACGUUUUAUGCCUGAUGAUAUUUCUGGUGUUACUUCUCCCAUGGUUUAUAUUGGCAUGUUGUUUAGCUGGUUUGCAUGGCAUGUUUUUAGCUGGUUUGCAUGGCAUGCUGAAGAUCAUGAGCUUCAUAGCAUGAAUUUUCUUCAUACUGGCUCUUCAAAGACUUGGUAUGCUGUUCCUGGAGACAUGUUUGAGGAAGUUAUCCUCACCGAGGGUUAUGGUGGUAACAUUGACCGCUUAGCUGCUCUGUCAUUACUGGGUGAAAAGACAACUCUUCUAUCACCUGAUAUGAUUGUCACAUCUGGCAUUCCUUGUUGUAGGUUAGUACAGAAUCCUGGUGAAUUUGUUGUGACUUUUUCGAGAGCCGACCACGUAGGAUUCAGCCAUGGUUUUAAUUGCGGGGAAGCUGCAAACUUCGGAACUCCACAGUGGCUUCCAGUCGCUAAAGAAGCUGCUGUGCGUAGAGCGGCUAUGAACUAUCUUCCAAUGCUUUCUCAUCAGCAGCUGUUAUACCUUUUGACCAUGUCUUUUGUGUCAAGGAUACCAAGAUCCUUGCUUCCUGGUUCUCGCAGUUCACGUCUGAGAGAUCGCUUGAAGGAAGAACGAGAGGUGUUAGUAAAGAAGGCAUUUAUAGAAGAUUUGUUAACUGAAAAUAAAUUGUUAUCUCUUCUUCUAAAAAGAGAAUCGACUUAUAGUGCAAUAAUGUGGGACCCUUUGUUACUUCCUUAUACGAGCAAAGAUUCCGAAUUACCCAGCGGAAAUGCUACAGAAUCUGGGAUGCUGCAAGAAAAUAUUUCUGACAUUCACAUUGAAGAUAAAUCUGAUCAAAAGAAUCUCUUAGAUGAGAUGAGCUUCUACAUGGAAAAUCUGAACCAUUUAUAUUCUAAUGAUGACGAUCUGACAUGUGAUUUACAAGUUAAUUCAGGGACACUGGUCUGUGUGGCUUGCGGAAUUCUAGGUUAUCCAUUUAUGUCUGUGGUACAACCAUCUGAGGGAGCAAUGAUGGAACUACCUGCGUAUCAUGUUUCAAGACAAGGUCCAACAGUCUUGGGAACUAAGAGUUCUUGCCGUGUCAAGGGCUCAGUUUUGGAUCUAUCACUUCCUUCCAAGGAUUCACCAUUACAAUCGAUAACCAAGUUUUCCAAAGGAUGGAACACCUGUAAUAAAUAUUUGAGACCUCGGAUUUUCUGCCUGAAGCAUGCUGUUCAAGUUGAUGAGCUUUUGCAGUCCAAAGGUGGAGCAAAAAUACUGGUGAUUUGCCAUUCAGAUUAUCAGAAAAUAAAGGCACAUGCAAUACCGGUUGCGGACGCUAUUGGCAUCCCUUUUAAUUACAGUGAUGUUCCACUAGAUGCAACAUUCGAGGAGGAUCUGAAUUUGAUAAAUUUUGCAAUUGAUGAUGAACAUGAUGAAAUUCAGGAAGACUGGACCUCCAAACUUGGUGUUAACUCGCGGUACUGUAUCAAAGUCCGAAAAAACUAUCCAUUUAAGCAGGUUCAGCAUGCACUACCAUUGAGUGGUCCUUUUGCUGAUAAAUACAGCAGUUCGGAGUUAUUAAACAUAAAAUGGCAGUUACGAAAAUCCCGUUCAAAAAGCAAGUUAAACCAUCCAUCACCAUCCAAACCACAUCAAAGCGUCGUAACGGAAGUAAAUGAAAUAUUGGUGGAAAAUUUUGAUAGUAACAUUUCUAAUUAUGGACAUAAAAUUAUUCAGUAUUUAAGAAGGAAAAAGAGAGAACAUGAUUUUUCUACUGGAGCUGGCGGGGGCAGUGAAAUGUUGAAGAUUAAGUUGCCAAGAGAAUAUUUGGAUGCGUCGAGUCAACUCCUUGAUGAACAUGGUGGAAAUAAAUCCAAGAUAAAUGCCAGAAGUGACUCAAUUCAGAGACAACUUGAGAUCCUGCCUUCUUCAGUGGCAGAAAAGGACCAGAACAAAAUUUUGGAGGAAUUGGAUCUGGAUGAUGAAACUUGGAGUUUGACAGCCUGUGCUAGUUCUCAAAAGAAAAGCGUGAUCAAGCUUAUGGAGAGUAACAGUAAGAGUGAUGAGAUUUAUCCUGCCGAUGAGGGUUCUAAAUGCUGCAUUUUUUCGGAUGAUGAAAGGUAUGUGGAGAACACUGCCAUUGCUACUGAGGUUUGCAGCAAUCCACUUUCUGAAGGACAGAGUGAGGCACUGGCUUCUGGCUAUGGUUCGGUAAAUCUUGGUAGCUCAACAAGUUAUCAUUCUGCUCAGCGAUGUAUGACUUCUGAGAACGAAGCGCAGCAAGAAACUGAAGCUACCAGCAGAAAUAACUGCAAGGCGAUGUUAAGAUCUGAGGAUCCGAAGGAGCCCUGUGCUGCAGCAUAUUCUUGUGAUGGUACGAAUUCCAAGAAUAAAGAAGAGCGGCAGGAAAUCCAGAUUAAUGCAAGCAAGGAAGGGCUUCUCUCUGGUUCUGUCAUGCCAGGGGGAAGUGAUCGGUCUGCUAACCUCUCUGUUGAAGAUUAUUCCACAAUUUCCAAGAAUCCUUGUAUCAAUCAUACUGAUGUGACCUUAGAUGUUGAAGUAUUGCAAGAAACUCGAGGUACAGAAAGAACCGCUGAGGAUGAAGUUAUAACUGGUUCCAAUUUGCCAAUCCAAGAAAAGCACCCUACUCAAUUGGUGAUAGAAGCUUGCUCUGAGGUCCACCAAGAUAGCGGUUAUCUGGAGAAGCCGAAUGAUGCUGCAACAGCAUAUGAAGAAACUGUUUCUUGCUGUCAUAGUCCUGUAAAUCAGACAACUAUCGCAACCCAAAGCUACUCAAGAACAAAUAGAGUAACUCAUACUACCGUGAAUGCAAAUGAUGGCGAGGAAGUUUGUUCGUUGGAAGAGAAUGAAGAUCACGGGUCUUUUAUGGCAGGUUGUAAGCCAAGGGCCAUCUAUGGAAGAAAGAAGAAGAGAGAACUGGAGAAAACACCUGAAAAGGUUGGUGGUUAUGGCUUUAUUAGAAGUCCAUGUGAAGGGUUGAGACCAAGGGCUCGGAAAGAUGCAACCAGUAGUCUUAAUGCGUGUAAAGCAUCUUCUGAGGGGCUGCCAACAAAAGAGAUGAGGAAACCUUCAGUUCAUACCCAGAGUAAGAAAACAAUAAAAAAAAGGGUCUCAUGGAUGUGACCUGGGAGGCUGCCAUUUGAGUUUCGAGACAAAGGAAGAGUUGAGGUUGCACAAAUGGAAUCGGUGUGCGUAUGAUGGAUGUGGAAAGAAAUUCCGUUCCCACAAAUAUGCAAUCCUUCAUCAACGAGUCCAUGAUGAUGAUAGGCCCCUCAAGUGCCCAUGGAAAGGUUGUUCCAUGUCAUUCAAGUGGGCAUGGGCUAGGACUGACCAUAUACGGGUGCACACCGGAGAACGCCCAUAUAAGUGCAAGGUUGAAGGCUGUGGCCUCUCAUUCAGGUUUGUUCA